AUGGCUCAAUCGCGGCUAGUCCUCCUCGCACUCCUUCUGAUAGCCUCUACGCUCGCUAGUCCUCUUACAAAACGCGAAAAUGAUGUUGUACAAGGGAAACUCGGCACUGACGGCUUUUGGAAUGACUACGACGGUGGACGGAACAACUACAUUCAAUACACGGGUGACGGCUCGUCGAAAGCAGGAUGGCCGUCAGACCUCUCAUGGAUAUCUUUCAACGACAUGUGGGUCGCAAACCAGAACAUAAUAUCCCGAAGCUGCAACAGGCUUUACGACGUACCCAACAUGACCUCUCUGGAGAUUCAGGACCUCUACGAUUCAAUCAAGCUAGUUUCACAACAGACGAGGGUGGACCAUCGAUUCAUCCUGGCCGCAGUCCUGCAGGAGACGAAAGGGUGUGUGAGAGCCAAGACAUCAGUCUCGCCAGACGGCACCGUGCGAAAUCCGGGCAUUCUGCAGUCGUUCAGAGGCAAUCAUACCUGUAAUGAUGAUGGGAAGGUACAGAAUCCGUGUCCCAAGGCACAGAUUCUUGGCAUGCUCCAGGAUGGAGUUGCCGGCACAGCGGAUGGCGGCCACGGGUACGCCCUUGAUAUCAACGCCCAGGCAACAGUCGAUGGGGUCGAGUACGCACAAGCGUACUAUCGCGCCGCACGACUCUACAACUCCGGCGAAAUCGAUCCGUCGGGUGACCUCGAGAAGGGCUCAGCAACACACUGCUACGCGAGCGACAUUGCGAACCGUCUGACGGGGUGGACGGAUGCGCCAUCAACAUGUACCUUAGACUCAUAA